AUGUAGAUAUGUGUUAUGUACUUACAAUCGGUGACCAGAAUUGUUCAAGGCUCCAGAAACAUGUCUAAGUUUUGUGCAAAUCUAGCUUUUCUAUAUACAGAAAGGCCCUUUCUGGAAAGAUAUAAAUUGGCCAAGGAAUCUGGUUUCAAAGCGGUAGAAACUGGGUUUCCUUUCGGUUUUACACAAGAACAAGUGGUACAAGCAAAAAAUAGUGCGGGAAUUGAUCAAAUUUUAAUAAACAUAUACACAGGAGAUGUCUCAAAGGGAGAAUUGGGUUUUGCGGCAAUUCCAGGAAAAGAAAAUGAAUUUAAAGAAAGCAUACAAACAACAAUUAGAUAUGCAAAAGAAUUGGGUGCAAAGAAGAUACACAUUAUGUCUGGAAAAGUCGAAGGUACCAUAACUCAAAAUAACGAUAGGGUGUACGAAGAAAAUCUGAGAUACGCCGUAUCAUUAUUAGAACCUGAAAAUAUCUUAGGCGUUAUUGAACCAAUAAACAAGUACUCAGUACCUAAUUAUUAUAUGAAUUGUUAUGAUAAAGCUUUGUCUGUGGUGAAAAAAAUUAACAGCCCCAAUCUCAAAAUAAUGUUGGAUGUCUUCCAUUUACAACACAUCAGAGGAAACAUAACUAACUCAAUUAAGGAAUUAAUUAACUGUAUUGGUCAUGUUCAAGUAGCUCAAUGUCCUAACCGGAAUGAACCAAACACACCGGGAGAGAUUAAUUAUAAAUACGUUUUACAAACUUUACAGUCUCAUGGAUACAAUGAUUGGAUCGGACUUGAAUAUAAACCGGCAACUAAUGUAAAUGAUGGAUUGAAAUGGAUUACCGAACUUGGUUAUAAAUUAUAAUAUUAU